GUGUUUUCUCUUCGGUAAAGAAGACGAAGAAGAAUUCGAACCACAAACCAAAACAUUCGAAUUCUCUUGAAACGUUCGAAAUUUUUUUCAAUUUUUUUUCCUUGUAAAAAAUGGCACAAAUGACAACAGCAUCAAAAGAAAUAGCCAAAUCAACACGUACAUUAAUCUGUUUGUUACAAUCAUUGAUUGAUCAUCGAGUUUUAAUUGAACUUCGUAAUGAUCAUUUUGUUUUGGGUAUGUUACAAUCAGUCGAUUGUUAUAUGAAUUGUGAAUCAAGUAGUGCUAAAAUUUGGUCAUUAAAUGAUUGGAUUGAAGAUCAAUGUCAUGAUAAUAAUGCGACAAUAAUCAAUCUACAAUGUGAUCGUUUACCUGAUACCGAAUGGUUAGAUAAACAUUCCAAACAAAUGGAUUAUAUAUUUAUCAAAGGAAAUCGUAUACGUUUUAUUCAUCUACCUGAAGAGAUUAAUAUUAUUGAUUGUAUUGAAAAGCAAUUAAAAUUUUAUCGUGAACGUAAUAAAAAUGUUAUGGCUAUUCAACGACCGUUUAAUUGGAAAGAUUAUCGUAAAAAAUUAAAAUCAGAAAUACCAAAUCAACAACAACAACAACAGGAUAAUGAUAAUAAUAAGUCAAUAACCAUCAGUUUGACAGGUGAUAAUAAAAAUUGAUAAUCUCAUUUUGUAAUGUAAAAAAAAUUGUAAAUUAAAAAUGAUUUUAGUGGCGCCAUCUUUUAUUCC